CGGCCGCCUUCUCCGACGGCCUCCCCGCCUCGGCCGCAGCAGAAAGCCUCGGGGGGCGUCGACUGCCCGGACGGGGCGGAUCUGGAAGGGCCUACGCAGGAGAAGGCAGUGGCGGUGGCAGCAGUGGCAGCCCCCGGGGGACCCCUUUCGAUCCCGGGGAGGAACAGAGCGACCUUGGAGACUGGACCUCUUCCGCCCACCCUAUACGUGCAGCUGCACGGAGAGACCACCCGGCGCCUGGAAGCGGACGAGAAGCCAUUGCAGAUCCAAAAUGACUACCUCUUCCAGUUAGGAUUUGGGGAGCUGUGGAGGGUACAGGAAGAAGGCAUGGACUCAGAGAUUGGCUGCCUUAUCCGCUUCUAUGCAGGAAAACCUCACAGCACUGGUAGCUCCGAACGGAUUCAGCUCUCAGGAAUGUACAAUGUCCGCAAAGGCAAAAUGCAGUUGCCAGUGAACCGAUGGACCAGACGCCAUGUUAUCCUGUGUGGGACCUGCUUGAUAGUAUCAUCUGUGAAAGACAGCUUGACUGGAAAGAUGCAUGUUCUGCCAUUAAUUGGUGGAAAAGUAGAAGAAGUGAAAAAGCACCAGCACUGUUUAGCCUUUAGCUCCUCUGGACCUCAAAGUCAGACUUACUACAUUUGCUUUGAUACUUUCACAGAGUAUUUAAGGUGGCUACGGCAAGUUUCCAAGGUUGCUUCCCAACGCAUAAGUUCAGUGGACCUCUCCUGUUGUAGCCUGGAACAUCUGCCUGCCAACCUCUUCUACAGCCAAGACCUCACCCAUCUCAAUUUAAAACAAAACUUCCUAAGGCAAAAUCCCAGCCUCCCAGCUGCCAGGGGGCUCAGUGAACUACAAAGGUUCACCAAGUUGAAGAGUCUUAACCUUUCCAAUAAUCAUCUAGGGGACUUCCCAUUAGCAGUCUGCAGUAUUCCGACCCUGACAGAGCUGAACUUGUCCUGCAAUGCUCUGCGAGCAGUCCCAGCUGCUGUGGGGGCUAUGCACAAUUUGCAGACAUUUUUGUUGGAUGGAAACUUUCUCCAGUCCCUUCCUGCUGAGUUGGAGAACAUGCACCAGCUCAGUUAUCUUGGACUUUCAUUCAAUGAAUUCACUGACAUUCCAGAGGUGUUGGAAAAAUUAACUGCUGUGGAUAAACUUUGUAUGUCUGGAAACUGUAUGGAGACCCUUAGGCUGCAGUCUUUAAGAAGAAUGCCUCACAUUAAACAUGUGGACCUAAGAUUGAAUAUACUUAGGAAACUUACAGCAGAUGAAGUGGAGUUUCUGCAGCAUAUCACUCAGCUGGAUCUUCGAGACAAUAAACUUGGUGAUCUAGAUGCUAUGAUUUUCAACAACAUUGAAGUUCUACACUGUGAAAGAAAUCAGUUGGUGACACUAAACAUUUGUGGCUAUUUCUUAAAAGCACUCUAUGCCUCUUCUAAUGAACUUGUUCAACUUGAUGUUUACCCAGUUCCAAAUUAUUUGUCCUACAUGGAUGUUUCAAGGAACCACUUAGAAAAUGUGCCUGAAUGGGUAUGUGAAAGCCGAAAGCUAGAAGUUUUGGAUAUUGGCCAUAAUCAAAUAUGUGACCUUCCUGCUCGCUUAUUUUGUAAUAGUAGUCUCCGUAAACUGCUAGCAGGACACAACCAGUUGGCACGGUUGCCUGAAAGACUGGAAAGAACUUCAGUGGAGGUCUUGGAUGUGCAGCACAAUCAGCUCAUUGAACUACCACCUAACCUUCUUCUGAAGGCUGACAGCUUGAGAUUCCUGAAUGCAUCUGCAAACAAACUGGAAACCAUUCCUCCAGCUACACUUUCUGAAGAGACAAACAGUAUCUUACAGGAGUUGUAUUUGACAAAUAACAACCUCACAGAUAAAUGUGUGCCCUUAUUAACAGGACACCCCCGUCUAAAGAUCCUUCACAUGGCUUAUAACCGACUUCAGAGUUUUCCAGCAAGUAAAAUGGCAAAACUGGAGGAACUUGAAGAAAUUGAUAUCAGUGGGAAUAAACUGAAAGCCAUCCCAACAACGAUCAUGAAUUGCAGGCGCAUGCACACUGUGAUUGCUCACUCCAAUUGCAUUGAGGUCUUUCCUGAAGUUAUGCAGCUCCCAGAAAUCAAGUGUGUGGACCUGAGUUGUAAUGAGCUAAGUGAAGUCACUUUGCCAGAAAACCUGCCGCCCAAAUUGCAAGAACUCGACCUGACUGGAAAUCCCCGCCUUGCCCUUGACCACAAAACACUGGAACUGCUGAAUAACAUCCGCUGCUUCAAGAUUGAUCAACCUUCAGCAGGAGAUGCAUCUGGAGCCCCAGCUGUAUGGAGUCAUGGUUACACUGAAGCUUCAGGGGUGAAAAACAAGUUGUGUGUUGCAGCUCUGUCUGUGAAUAACUUCUGUGACAACCGAGAGGCCCUGUAUGGUGUAUUUGAUGGAGACCGGAAUGUGGAGGUGCCUUACCUUCUGCAGUGUACCAUGAGUGACAUUUUGGCUGAAGAGCUGCAGAAAACUAAAAAUGAAGAAGAAUACAUGGUCAAUACGUUCAUUGUUAUGCAAAGAAAACUUGGAACUGCUGGACAAAAACUUGGAGGUGCUGCUGUCCUUUGUCACAUCAAACAUGACCCUGUGGACCCAGGAGGAUCCUUUACCUUGACCUCUGCUAAUGUGGGCAAGUGCCAAACAGUUCUCUGUCGAAAUGGGAAGCCACUGCCUCUGUCCAGAUCAUACGUCAUGAGCUGUGAAGAAGAGCUGAAGAGAAUUAAGCAGCACAAGGCCAUUAUCACUGAGGAUGGCAAGGUGAAUGGAGUGACUGAGUCCACACGCAUCCUGGGCUACACCUUCCUCCACCCCAGUGUAGUACCUCGCCCCCAUGUGCAGUCUGUGCUCCUGACCCCCCAGGAUGAGUUCUUCAUCCUGGGCAGUAAGGGGCUGUGGGACAGCUUGUCCAUCGAGGAGGCUGUGGAGGCUGUGCGCAACGUGCCCGAUGCCCUGGCUGCUGCCAAGAAGCUGUGCACCCUGGCACAGAGCUAUGGCUGCCAUGACAGCAUCAGUGCUGUGGUCGUACAGCUCAGCGUCACUGAGGACAGCUUCUGUUGCUGUGAGCUCAGCACUGGCGGGAGUGUCCCACCACCCAGCCCAGGCAUCUUCCCGCCCUCAGUCAACAUGGUAAUCAAGGAUCGGCCCUCUGAUGGGCUGGGUGUGCCAUCCUCUAGCAGCGGCAUGGCGUCUGAGAUCAGUAGUGAGCUCUCUACUUCGGAGAUGAGCAGUGAGGUGGGGUCGACAGCCUCUGAUGAGCCCCCGCCUGGAGCCCUGAAUGAGAGCAGCUCUGCCUAUCUGAGUGAGCAACGCUGCAUGCUCCACCCUGUCUGUCUGUCCAACUCCUUUCAGCGCCAGCUGUCCAGCGCCACUUUCUCCAGCGCCUUCUCAGACAAUGGCCUUGACAGUGAUGAUGAAGAACCAAUUGAGGGUGUCUUCACCAACGGCAGCCGAGUGGAGGUGGAGGUGGACAUCCACUGUAUUCGGGCCAAGGAGAAGGAGAAGCAGCAGCACCUGCUACAGCUGCCAGCUGAGGCCAGCGAUGAAGGGAUUGUCAUUAGCGCCAAUGAGGAUGAGCCAGGUCUUCCCAGGAAGGCAGACUUUUCUUCUGUGGGAACCAUUGGGCGCCGCAGGCCUAAUGGCUCUGUUGCACCCCAGGAAAGGAGCCACAAUGUGAUUGAGGUUGCUGCAGACGCCCCUCUUCGGAAGCCUGGGGGCUAUUUUGCUGCCCCAGCUCAGCCAGACCCUGAUGAUCAGUUUAUUAUACCCCCAGAGCUGGAAGAAGAAGUCAAAGAGAUCAUGAAGCAUCACCAGGAGCAGCAGCAGCAGCAGCCACCACAGAUACAGCAGCAGCCACUACAGCGGCAGUUUCAGAUGGACCAGCUGCCGGACUAUUACGACACAUCACUGUGACCCAGUCUGAGUGCUGUUUUAAAAAUAAACUAACCCAGAAAGACUGAGUUGCAGGAGUCUCCCAGGCUCACAUUAAACCAGGGGUUUUACUCCAUGUCCUUCUCCCACAUUGUCCCCAGUCUAUCUUUUCAGCUAAUCUGUAGUUUCUCUUUCUGUUGGUUAGUUUAAAAAUAAUUACCACUUUUCUUCUAGCGAUGCUUUACCAAUAUGAUUUAAAUUUGUUAGCUUCAUUCCCUAACAUAUCAGAUGUACAAAGACAAAGAACAAAAGGUUUAAUAUAUUACAGAGAAAUGGUUAAUGAUAAUGUAAUAUUUUUUAAAAAGGGUUUUUGUUGUUUUGUUUGGAAGGCAGGGCAAGUUGCCAUUGCUAAGUGAUUUAAUAUUAUAAUUCUGUAUUUCUGGGGGGGCUUUUUUGUCUUGAAAAUGAUAGACAUUUGUAGAAUAUGGAGACUAACUCCUAGGAGUUGCUUUACUCUGUCAGGUGACUUAAGUCACUGGGAUUCACUAAUUUUCUCUGAGAGAACAGUUGAUUGAGAAAUUUCUAUUGUAAAUAGCUCAGUGUUAUAUAGUGAUGCUUAAAAUGUUUUGUAGUCUUGGCAUAAGGACACAGCCUACGUAACUGACUUUUCUUUUCUUUUCCUUCUGAUGAGCCUUCCCUACCCGUCCCCAGCCCCAGCUCACCUUCUGGGUGGAGGCCAGGCAGCCAGCACAGUGCGGUUCAGAUGAGGCAACUCUGAGGCCACUGAAUGAGAGCCUGCACUGAGGGGCCCGGAACCAGUUUCUUUCCUCUCCUGACCCCAUCCUCUUGACUUUUGCAGACACUUUUUAAUUGUGUUCCUUACUGCUGCCACAAUCAACAUGACUGUAUAGCGUUCCAUUAGACCAUUUACAUACCCGGAGUUAUGUUAAAGCAGAAUGCACAAAUGGACAUGUCAUAAUUUUUGUUAUAAUAA